AUGACUGCCGAACCGGCUCCAAAUGAUCCCAAUGCACUCGCCGCUUGCAAACAAGAGCCGCACGAGGGCCACCUGAAAAUCAUUGCCACUUGGAACGACAUCACGAUUCUGGAGCAUCAUAUGACCAAGGAAACAUUGUUGCUGCGUGGCGAGGUCACAUUGAAAUUCAAUGCUGCCGGUUUCGCGUUCGUCCGAGUGGCAGGGGAGAGUACGUGGCUGUCGAAGCUCUUGAAGUAUCACCUUUUUAGACGUGCUUCCAGCGAGGGCGACACGUCCGAGGGCUCGUCGGAGACGGAGCCUUUCGUUAUUACCCGCACAGAGACAGGAACCCAGUCGCAAUGGCUGAAAAGCUUCCUCCUUGGAAGAAGACUGUUGCAGACUGAUUUGUCAACCGCACUCCAAACGGAGAAACCAGUCUCCAUUCUGCAAGCCCGAGGACCCUGUAGGCAUUUCUGGCGGCUUACUUCCUUUAUCCGAAAGCCACGACAGACGAUUAUGGGCAAGCUGCGACGGUUCUGGCUGCCAGCCUUUGUGUCCGAGCUCCAGCUGGAAAGCGGGAGAGGGCACGUGCUCUGGCCGCCUCACUGCAAGGAGACGGGACAAGGCGAAACGGAGGACACGGCUCAUGAUCUGUUCGUCAGCACGUUGUUUCUCUGCUUUCUGCUGCAUAUGUUGUACGUCUACUCUGAUGAGACCACGACAUUGCUCCCCCUGUUCCUUCAGAGGUUGUUGCCGGAGAAGUGGAGGGUUCGGGUCGCGUCCGAGGCAGCUUCUCUGGUCAUCCGACACGGCAAUGUCACAUUGUCCGAGUUGACCGAGAGGACCUGCUACAAAGAGCGGAUGCGGGGCUCCAAGAAGACUGUGCCCAUGAAGUCCAGGAAGACCCAGCCCGUGCACGAGGUGCUCAAGCAACUCUGGAGGACGAAGGCCCUGCGGUGGCUUCGAGCAGACGUCUUGAAAGGCUUGUCCGGGGCAGUGGAUGCUGGUGUUCUGGCCUCCGACUUCGGGGAGGAUCCCUGCCAGGACUCCAUUUUCGACAGCAGCGACAAGCCAGACAUGCGUGAUCCUGCCGUCCGAAUGGCCAGAGUGCGAGCAGCCCGCGUCGUCCGAGGCCCCGCCGAUGCCAAGCUGUCCGCCCGAGCCAAGACCAACCUGAAGGUGCAGAAGGUCCGAGCUCGGUCGAUGGUGAAGGCCAGGCAGCGCGUCCGAGAACGGUUCCAGUAUUGGAUGUCCUGCAGGCGGGUGCUUGGAUCGGCGAAGACGUUGCACAUUGCCUUCGAUGCGUCCCGAGUCGGAGGCAAGAAGAGGUCGUACUAUGCGAUCCUGGACAGCCACACUGGGUUGGCAGCAUGGGGGCCACCGCUGAUUCUGAGGGAUUCUGGGUACAGGGCUGUCACGUCCGAGCCCACUCCCGAGGAGCAGGGGAGGCUGGACUCCAAGACCCGAGGGUAUCUGCUGAGCUUGCGUGCCCGAGACAAUGCUCUGUCGUCCGAGGCUGUGGCGCCUGUGGUCGAGAAGAAGCAGCGGUUGCCUUCUUUCGAGCAGGUGGUGGCGCUGGAGCAGACGUUGCAGAGCAUGUGUCCGAGUGCAGCAAGCCUGCUGGAGUUCACAGCCCCAGACCCGGAAGGUCGCCUGGAGAUGCCCGUGCUGUGUUUCAAUGCGGACGCUGGGCCGGACGUAAUGAGCUGCUUACAGUUCUUGCAGAACCACGUCCGAGUCCGCAUGAUCCACUUUUGGGAUCCAAGACACCGACUCGCCCGAGAGUUGGAAAAUGCUGUGAGCCAUGCAAAGCUGAAAGGCGCCCUGUCCCUAGGCGAGCUAGUUAUCAACUUUAGUCGGGGCCCGUGGAGCUCGCACAAAUGGUUCCGCCGUCUGCAGGAGGAGAUGGUAGACUUCGCUGCAACACUGUCUGCUGCACCGCCAGACGUGCGAGAGAGAGGCGGCUUUCUCUUUCAGCAUCUCCGGGAGGAGAUUGCACUCCAGGCUGGCUUGCAUGUCGAGGAAGUCACACCCGAGAAAUGCAAGGAUCUCUUGCAACACAGCGGCUUCUUGAGGAAGCGUGGGCCCAGCAACAUGAGCAGGUGGGAUGCAUUUGCUGUGGGUUGGUCCGAGAGAAAGUCCGAGCUGGGCCUCCUGAAGCUACUGUGCCUGUCCUAUGGCCUCAAAGCCGGCUAUCUCCAGCCGGCGACCAAUGCCGCCGCCAACCGAGCUACCGAAGAAUGGGCCGGCCAGGUCUUGUCCGAGGGCGACGGAGACAACACAUUGGGCUCUGAUGCCAAGCAGCGCCUGUUCCAGAAGUGCGUCAACAAGCUUCAUGUGGUCACCAACAUCUUGUUGCAGAAAGACACGUGUGACAAGCUCAACUGUUGGUUUCACUUGAGUUGGCCGAUCUCUCAGGAGCUGCAUCGCCUCAGGACCACCCUGAAGAGAGGUCGAGAUGGUUGUGAACAGCAUCUCCUAGAAGAGGCCCGCGGCUCUAGCUUGGAAGUCCUCACGACCAUCUUCGAGACUGCAGUGUGUCCCGACGUCCGAGAAGACCUGGCUAUUUGGCACGGUGCCCGCCUCGGUGCAGGGAUGAUCGGCCGAAUGACGGUCGAGGACCCUAUCGUCAAAUUCCAGAACAAGACAUGCCAGAUGGUGCUGGAAACUGCUUUGGAAUUGGCUCACGUCAAGAUGCAGUAUGCCUCGGUUACCAUGUUUUCUUGGCCCUCCCAGCUCGUCCUCCUUGCCUUCGGAACCGAAGAAGAGCAGAACGUUACACUCGUGAAUCUGUACCUGUCCGAGCAGGCACACGCCCGAGCCAUGGCCAACAGCGAGAAGCUGAAAUGGCUCCGGGUGUUUGCAAAGCGAUCGCCGAUGGGGUCCAGGCUUAUGCGGGACGUCGUCGCGAACUUGCAUUCGUCCGAGUGGCGCAUCACGAAACGUUUGCUGAAUUGGCUGCAGCCGCUCUUCCGAGGUUUGGGGGCCACCUGGAACGAGGAAGCGUUUGGCGACGCCCGAGAGUUGGAGGGCAAGGAGAACAAGGGCCACGAGCUGAGCUCCACGGAGGCCGAAGGCAGCAUUCCCGAGUCUCUCUUCCGUCUGGAGAAAAACAAGGUGCCCGAGAAAUUGAAAGCAAUAACUGCACCAAUGAAGUGGACCUCCCUCAGCCAAAUUGGUCUUUGUGCUGUGGCCUGCGAGUUGGCCGUCCUGAAGGAUGCCAUGGAUCAGGACCGAGUGGCUCAGCUUAGCGACUCCUGGCGGAGCGGGAUGUUAAGAAGAGGCACCGUAGUUGGCCACACCUCUUUUCCCGAGUCCGACAGAUAUCUAUCCAUGGGCGCCUGGCCAUCGCAUUCCGGUGCACUUCUGCUGCCCUUGAAAACCUGCCAGGGCGGCUUCAACUUGGACCUUCCACUCACAAAAGACAAGCUGAAGUUUGUUCAGGUCUUUCGACUCUCCGAUUGGUUUGCGUUGCCCACGACCGUUAAGAGCCCUUUGCACCAUGCCAUUCGAAACGGCGGCACUCCGACAACCGCACCCCUCCUCACGGUGACAGGCGAAGCCCGGAAACCUAUCCUUCAGUACUGUGCGGAGCAUGCUUUCUUCGACAUGGACGAAACACGACUGUCUUUCAUUCUCAAGGAAGAGUGUGGCAUGGGAGACCUCGAUUUUUCCAAUGCCGAAACUGCCUUGGGUGAGAUGCUUUCCACGGCCGUUCAAAAGACUCUGUCUGUGUCCGAGGACCAGGCAGCAGACAUCAUGGAAAGGUCCCUGAAGUAUCGACAAGCCGAUGAUGCAGAUUUGAAUGAAAUCCUGCAGUCGCCCGAGUUUCAGGAGCUCCUGACGGCCGAAACUGACAAGCAAAUCAAGGAAGUCUUGUCCGAGUCCAAAACAAAGCAUCGCAAGGCCAUGUCCGUGUCAGCAAAGAUCCGGCAAACCCGGUUCGAGUCGAAACAACUUUACUCGGAGGAACACGUCAAUGGUUGGUUGCCGCCGCAGCAUACCUCAAGACGUGAUGAGUUCAACAAAUGCUGGCGUGCCGAGGAUAGAAACGGAGUGUCCACGUCCCGGUCCUGGGGCGACCAGGGUGACGGCUAUGCUCUGCACCGCAUGCUGACGGCUGCCUGGGAGAAAUACCUAUUUCUCCACCCGGCCGAGACUUGCCCUUGGGAUUUCACAUGCCCGAGCAGCAGGAGCAGCCUCGACCGAGCAGCCGGAGCAGCCUCGACCGAGCAGCCGCCACUCAAUUCCAGCGGCAUCAGUCUGCCCGAGACCAUGGAAUAG